AUGCGUGAAAUUUGUCACCUACAAGCCGGCCAAUGUGGAAAUCAAAUCGGCGCCAAAGUGAAUAUUACCAAAUUUAGUAAUAAUCUAAAAUAUUACUUUUUAGCGGUGUCCCGUCGCGAUUUAGGACUUUUUUAUUUUUUCCGUGGGACGAUUAUUUUGUCAACGAUUUAUUAAAAGACCUAACUUUGCGUUUAACGAUUAGGAACGUGACUUAAAUUCCUAAAGGAUUUCAAAACUGUUUUAUUAUACUUUAUAUAAAGACAACCAACUUUCUGUUUUUGCUCUCUCACAAUCGUCGUUGUUCGAUCGCUUUUCAUUUUUUGUUGAAUUCUUAAUCUAGUUAAUGAAUUGAGGAGGUCGUCUUUUGAUUUUCCAAUUUUUAUAAUAAUCAGGGAAAACCAAAAAAAAAAAAAGGUAAAGGAAUAAUCGAAAAAUGUAUAACAACAGAAGUUUCAUUUUUUGGACCAGAAAUCUAAUCCAAAUAAUAAUAAUAUUUUUUUAAUAAUUGAGAAAAACCGCGUCAUUAUUUUCGAUUUUUUUUUUAUUAUUAUUCUUGUAAUCCGAUUAAAAAUAAUAAUGGUAGAGAUCUUAUUUUAGGCUUUUCUAGAAGUAGUAAACUGUUAUAAACAUUCUAAAGAUUUUUAAAAUAUUUUUAGGCAUUAUACUAUUUUGAGUUUUUUAGAUUCUAAACUUAGCGAGGAAUAUAUUAAUUUUCCAUUGAUGUUUUUUUUCUCCAUUAUUUUUAUUUUUUUUUUUUAUCUGUCAACAACUUUUCUACUCCAAAUUUUACUCAGAUUUUAAAGUGUAGUACCUUUACUGGAAAAAAAAAUUGUCUGGGUGGUUUUCAUAAUAAUUGAAAAAAAAAAACAGGAAAAAACGUAAGAAAAUGGAAAAAUUUACAAAAUAUAUUAUUUUUGAUUUUGUUUUUUGUUGUAAUUCAGUUAAAAAUAUUCGUAGAACUUUGAAAUUUAAAAAUAAUACUUAUAUUUUCUAUUUCUAGACGUGGUAAAAUUUUCAAAACAUUUGUGUUAUUUUUAAGCUAUUGAUAAACAUUUUAAUUUUGUAAGUCUUUAAACAUAAUUUUUUUUUUUGUUAGACCAAACAGACAUGUUUGAAAAUUCAACUCUGAAGUUCAUUAAAAGUCGUUAAAAAAAAUUAAGUGUUAUGUAGAAUUUUAUUUAUAAGAAUAUUUCAGUAUAACAUUUUCACGAAAAUCGUAAAUAUUACGGCCUUUCAAAACACGUACAACCAAACUCCGCUCAAAAUCGUAAUUCGUUGAUCUAGAUUUAAAAUCCGAUAUUAUACUACUAUUAUAAAACAGGCCCAUAGCCAUCUUUAGUUAGUAAAGGCGGUUUUCACUACAUACGUGUGCGUGCACGUACAUAGGUACGAAUUCUUCGCUGUGAUUGGUUGGUAUCAAUAGUGAGCGUUUGGUAUACCACAGUUUUUAUUACAACACGUUAGCAAUGAUAAAUCGUAUACCUUAAAUUCCCUUUAAUAUCCUACCUUUCUAAAUUCUCACCUUCAACAAUGGCCCAACAAUCGUGUGAAUAUUUUUUAGUUUCAAUUUAGUUUUAUGUAGAUAAAAGAUUUGAAUAAAAAAAAAAAUGCUUUUAAAUUUAAUAAGACGAAGAUACAUAGAGGGAAGUAAGAUAAAUUUAAUAAGUUUAAUUUAGUAGCAAAAAAAAAAAAUAAUGCAGGUAGUGGUUUUUUAUUUUUAUAAACGGUUUUAAUAUCAACUGAAUAUCACACAGAAUCGUUAUUCAUAAAUAAUGGUUUAUACAGAUAUAAAUUAAAGAACUUUAUGUAUCCUACUUUCUUAAGUUCAUAUCUACAACAGUGCCACACUUUCUAACAGAAUCAGCUAUUAUUUGAUUUAAUAGAGACUUCAUCGCUAACAUUUCUUUUUUCCGCGUCUUAUGCGUAAUAUACGAGUAUAUUACGAUUACGACUUUUUGAUUGAGAUAGUAAUUAUUAUAUAAUCAAUGAUAGUUAUUAUUGAACUUCGGUAAAUCUGGAUUUUUUCCAUCGAAGUCUUUGCAUUCCUGUGAGAAUUUUUAACAGCUUUACAUCUCUAUAAUUUUCACUAAUUAUGAAAAAGUUUUAAAAUUACAACUUUGACAUCGUUUUUUAUCCAAAUAUUUGACAACAAUUGAAAAUCCCAUUAAAAAAUCAAAAAAAAAAAAAUAUUUUGGUUAAAGUCGUCGUCCGACUUUCGUUUUUUAUUAUACGCUUAAUCAUUUGUAUACCUUUUCGAGUUACGAAUGUGCUCGUCGGCGUCCAAGUUUGGUUAUUAAUACAAGUUGUGCAUUAUAUGAAACGAAGCUAUCGGUCAUCCGUUUCACGCGUGUACAAAGGUCAUCGUCGUCGUCACUAUUAUAUGUUUUUUGCGGGAUUUUAUUCGGCUUAUCUCCAAUCGACGACAAGUGAUAACGAUAAUUAUUUUAUUUAUUAUUUUCACAUUUGCAGGUAAUAGACAAAGGAUAAUGAUUAAUGACAAUUGACAAUAAACUAACCGUAGCAACGCGCAUAUUUUAUAAAAUAAAAUAUAUUUAAAAAUUAUAUUCAAAUUAAUACAAUAUCGAUUUCUGUCGGAUUUCAUUGAAACUAAAAAUGCUGUUUUCAAAUAAUCCUAUAGCAUGGCUUAUCUGUAUAUUAUUGAAACAAUGGUAAUAAUUAAUCGGAUACAGAUGUAAACUAAAUUUCUUUCUAUAUCCUACCUUCUCAACUUCCCACUUACAACAGUGGUCACAUGAUGUGUAGUAAAUAUGUUUUUACGUUUUUUUUUUUUUUUUUUUUGACAAUUUAAGAAACAAGUAAGAUAUAAAGAGUUCUGAAAAUACUUGAUUGCGAUUAUUAUUUGUUUCAUUUACUUUUGGGGGGCGAACCGGCUAUUACUUUAUAUUUUGAUUUUUAAAUAGCAAUCUAAAUUUAAACUUCCAUAUAUAGAUGGGAUUUAAACAGUUGAAUAAGUUAAUUUCAGUCAACCCGGUUCCAUUUUUAAGUUUGAAUAGGAGGAGAGUAUUUGAGCAUUAUUUAUUGUGGUGACAUAGUGUGCGGCGUAGGUAUAGUUAAAAACUAAAAAGUUUCUUUAUAACAUAUAUAAGAUUGUUUUUUUGAUAACUUAAAUAUAGUUUAAAAAAUGUGUAGACAAAUAUUCCCUAUUCGAAUUUAUGUCCAAAUGAAAGGCGUCAAUUAAAUAACACCACUUUGAAAGUAUAACUUCAGUCAAACAUUCUUUUUGAAAGGAUGUUACACUUGAAAAUCGGAGCGAAAAUCUGAUGAAAAAGUUGUUCAGAGAAAAAAAACAUCAUUGUGAUUUUUUAAUCACUCUGUGCAUAUUAUAAAUAAAUGAGUAUUUACUAUUCCUUGGCCGAACGAUUUUAGAUCCCGAGCGGCGCAAAAUGUAUUAAUUUUACAAUUUCUAUUUUAUUUUUAUCCGUGAACAACUUUACUUCUCGAAUGUGGUUUCGAUUUACAAUGACAGCAAUUUUUCUUGAAACUGACUGAGAUGGUACUUGAGGGUGAUCAUUUUUUAAUUUUCCCAAUGUUAAAAUACAUGUGGUGGCCUCUCAAUCGGUGACAGAUUCAGAAAUUAAUUUUUUAACCAUUUACAAAAGUAAAAUAUCAUAAUACAAGAAAAUAUCAUGCUAUAGGUAUUACGGUCAAUGGGGUAGUGGGAGCAAAAUAAUUUAUUACAUCCUUGCUCUCAAUAGCCGAUGAUAUAAUAUGACUAAAAUGCUACAUUUUUAUUACUUGCAAUUGUUGUUUUUAUAGUUUUGGGAAGUAAUAUCCGACGAACACGGCAUUGAUCCAAGCGGAUCGUAUCACGGUGAUUCCGAUUUACAAUUGGACCGGAUUAAUGUGUAUUAUACCGAAGCACUUGGUAAACAUUUUUUAUACAAUUUAUAUUAUUAUUUUAUUAAAUAAAAUUUAAUUAACGAUUCGGCAAAUCGUAAUUUAUCCUACAAUUAAUUAUAGGUAUAGGAAAGUGUCGAAUCCUGUAUAAUAUACACUCUGUAUAGAAAUUGGUCCUUUCUGUCUCAUGCAUUAACAACGUUUAUUGUACUACCUAGCUAAAUAUGACAAUAUUAUAGACAUAUAUAUAUAUAUAUAUAUAUAUAUAUUAUUAUCCUAUGUAUAGGCGGUAAAUACGUGCCACGGGCAAUUCUCGUGGAUCUGGAGCCGGGAACCAUGGAUUCGGUAAGAUCGGGUCCCUUCGGUCAGAUAUUCCGACCAGACAACUUUGUUUUCGGCCAAUCCGGUGCCGGCAACAACUGGGCCAAGGGGCAUUACACGGAAGGAGCCGAGCUGGUGGACUCAGUGCUGGACGUGGUUAGAAAAGAGGCGGAAAGUUGCGACUGUCUGCAGGGAUUCCAGUUGACCCAUUCGCUGGGUGGCGGUACUGGUUCCGGGAUGGGCACGCUGUUGAUAUCGAAAAUUCGUGAAGAAUAUCCGGAUCGAAUUAUGACCACAUACAGUAUCGUUCCGUCGCCAAAGGUAGAAUAAUAACGUUGGUUAUAUUGCCACCGAGAAUAAUAAUAUUUAAAUUGAAAAGAGUGUCAAUUUUAAAAUUAUAAAGAGUCUAUGCAUAAAGGUCGGAAUAAUAAUUCCAUAAGUAAAUUUGGAGGGAAUGAGAAAAGUAAUCAAACUCACAACCUAAGUGAUUAUUUUAUUCGGGGAAGGGGGAUAGGUGAGAUCGAAAACCGUAUGAACUGCAAAGUAGAUUGAAAAGUCAUCAUCUGACGAUCAGAUGUCGAGUAGUAAUCACCACAUAAAAUAUAUUAUGUUUCGACCGAUAGACCGCCGUUUUAACGUUUCUUUUUUUUUUUUUUUUUAAUCAAUCACUCGAACUUUUAUGACCUUUUAUCAUGUGGAUACCUUUAUAAAGAUGUAAACAUUUUAUGUGGAUAGGUAUCCGACACGGUCGUGGAACCGUACAACUCCACACUGUCCGUGCACCAGCUGGUCGAGAACACGGACGAAUCGUUUUGCGUGGACAACGAAGCGCUGUACGAUAUAUGCUUCCGGACUCUGAAGCUGACAACGCCCACGUACGGCGAUCUCAACCAUCUAGUGUCGGCUGCCAUGUGCGGCGUGACCACUUGCUUCCGAUUCCCCGGUCAACUCAACUCGGACCUGCGGAAACUAGCCGUCAACAUGGUACCGUUCCCACGGCUUCAUUUCUUCAUCACCGGAUUCGCUCCGCUGACGUCCCGUGGUAGCCAACAGUACCGCGCGCUAUCCGUACCCGAGCUCGUUCAACAAAUGUUCGACGCCAAGAACAUGAUGGCCGCUUGUGAUCCGCGUCACGGCCGAUACCUGACUGCCGCCAGUAUAUUCCGCGGCCGCAUGUCCAUGAAAGAGGUCGACGAGCAGAUGCUCAACGUGCAAACAAAGAACUCUGCGUACUUCGUCGAGUGGAUACCAAACAACACCAAGACCGCGGUGUGCGACAUACCGCCCAGAGGCCUAAAAAUGUCCGCCACGUUUAUCGGCAACACGACCGCCAUCCAGGAGAUGUUCAAGCGCGUUUCCGAACAAUUCACAUCCAUGUUCAAGCGUAAGGCAUUCUUGCACUGGUACACCGGUGAGGGCAUGGACGAAAUGGAAUUCACCGAGGCCGAGUCCAAUAUGAACGAUCUCAUAUCCGAGUACCAACAGUACCAAGACGCCACCGCCGAAGAAGAAGGUGAGGGCGACGAGGACGAAGAUGCCGAGAACUAA